AUCAUUGAGCCCUCAGACUGGGCUGGGCAGGGUAGGUCUGAGAGGAAAGGACAUUCUAUUUCCACUGCCCUGUGGGAGAGAAGAAAGGAGGGAGCAAGCAAGGCCAGGACAGAGUGAGAAAGAAGCUGCUGGGUUGGCCCACAAUGAAAACACCCAUUCUUUUGCUGCUGGUGCUCCUGGAUCUGGGACAGGCCCAAGGGUCACUUCACAGGGUGCCCCUCAGGCGACACCAGUCCCUCCGGAAGAAGCUGAGGGAACGGGGCCAACUCUCUGAGUUCUGGAAAUCCCAGAAUUUGGACAUGAUCCAGUUCACUGAGACCUGCACAAGGGACCAGAGUGCCGACGAGCCCCUCAUCAACUACCUGGAUACGGAAUACUUCGGCACUGUCUCCAUUGGCUCCCCAGCGCAGAACUUCACUGUCAUCUUCGACACAGGCUCUUCCAAUCUCUGGGUUCCUUCAAUGUACUGCAGCAGCCAGGCCUGCCAAACCCACCCCAGGUUCCACCCUUCCCAGUCCAGCACAUACAGCAGCCUGGGGAGUCCUUUCUCCAUUUCUUAUGGGACCGGGAGCUUGUCUGGAAUCAUUGGAACCGACCAAGUCACUGUGGGAAGACUGACGGUGGUCAACCAACAGUUCGGAGAGAGUGUCAAGGAGCCAGGCCAGACCUUCGUGGAUGCAGCAUUUGAUGGAAUUCUCGGCCUGGGAUAUCCCUCCUUGGCUGUCGGAGGAGUGACCCCAGUGUUUGACAACAUGAUGGCCCAGAAUGUGGUGGAUCUGCCGAUAUUUUCUGUCUACAUGAGCAGCAACCCAGAAGGUGGCAUGGGAAGCGAGCUCAUUUUUGGAGGCUAUGACAUUUCCCAUUUCUCUGGGAGCCUGAAUUGGGUUCCAGUCACCAAGCAAGGCUACUGGCAGAUUGCACUGGACAACAUCCAGGUAGGGGGCACCGUGAUGUUCUGCUCUGAGGGCUGCCAGGCCAUUGUGGACACGGGGACCUCCCUCAUCACAGGCCCCUCGAACAGCAUCAAACAGCUGCAAAGUGCCAUCGGGGCUGAGCCCAUGGAUGGAGAAUAUGUUGUGGAGUGUGUCAACCUCAAUGUCAUGCCGGAUGUCACCUUCACCAUCAACGGAGUCCCCUACACCCUCAGUCCAACUGCCUACACCCUGCUGGACUCCACAGAUGGAAUGAACUUCUGCAGCAGUGGCUUUCAAGGCCUUGACAUCCAGCCUCCAGCUGGGCCCCUCUGGAUCCUGGGAGACGUCUUCAUCAGACAAUUUUACUCAGUCUUUGACCGUGGGAAUAACCAAGUUGGGCUGGCCCCAGCAGUUCCCUAAGGAGGGGCCUGUGUCUGCUUGCCUGCCUGACACUGCUUGGAAAUCCAGCUGGGCCUGUUAGGUUGGGACACCCUUCACAUCUGUCAAAAACUCAUUGUGCACAGACUACAGUUGCUCCUGAGCUACAACUUGAACUUGGACCAAACAGAACAUGAGAACACACACAUACACAAUACACAU